GCAGGACCUGUGUGUGUAAACCCUCAGUUUCAGGGCAGAUGUGUCUGAACAGUAGAACUAAUGAGGAAACUAGCACCUGAAAUGACUGAUGGGCAGACCAGCUGUCAGUGUGUGCCAACAGAGCUGUCUAACAGCAGCUAGCAGGCAGGGUUUUGGGCCUUCCUCCUACAAAAUGGGUUCUGGGAAGUGCUUAUGUGGCGCCUUUACCCUCCUGUCCCCCUUCAUUAUAUCCCUUCUAUUUCCUUGUCUCCCUCUGUUGUUUUAGCUCUCUCUCUCUCUCUCUCUCUCUCUCUCUCUCUCUCUCUCUCUCUCUCUCUCUCUCUCUCUCUGUAAUUACAGAGUCUCUGAUUGGUCAGGAGGUUGAGCUGGCAGCAGCCAAUAGCAGCUCUGGUAGCAGUGCCCCUCGAUCUCCUGGAAAGGUUUGUGUGUGUUAAUGAUUAGGGGUCUGUUUAAAACCAGACCUAACCAUUUUAGGGGGCACAGUCUGUCAGUAGAGCCAGAGGGACAGGGUGCACCAGACCACACUUAAACAUCCAGCCUCUGAACCGGCCAGUGGGCUUCGUCUGAUACAGCCUCUCCUCAAGAUCCAACAGAGACUCCACUACACACAACUACAGGUAAGACAACAUCAAGGUUUGGUUUAAGUCCAGUUUAAGAUCAGGUUUGAGUGCUCUGAAACACCUGUAGCCUGUGUAGGAGAAUCAACCAGCAGAGCAGCCUAAACCCCCUGAUGAGACUCAGACAGAAGACCCUCUGAGGAAGCAGUUUAGACGGGUGGAAGCAGACCCACUGGUGGAUGUAGACUGGAAACAUUGUUAUCACUUUUUCUUAUGGGAAGCAAGACAACUAAAUGUGAUUUAGCAGGACGAGGGUACUACCUGUCUUCUACAGCCUUCACUAGUCUUGGUUUGGAAUGGCGUGGGUAUAGGAAACACUUUAUUUGACAGUAAACUGUUUCCACGGGUAUUUACCUGAUAUUGUCCGUAGGAGAGGAGGAGGCCAUGGCUGGAAGGAGCAGAACGUCGUUCUCCGGUGUGUUGACUGCUGCUCUGCUGGCCACCAUACUGCUGCCUGAAUUCCUUUCGGCAGGGCCGGUGUUUCAGAAGCUCAAUGGACAUGGGGAUGCCACUGAAGAGACAGCGGUUGCCAUGGCAUCGGCAAGGAAGCUUGUCCGUAACCGUAGAAACAUCAGCUGGUACAAGCAACACUCAGACUUCUGGAGCUGGUACAAAUACUUCACGGACAAUGGAAACACGGAGGCAGUCCAGGAGCUGGACAGGGUCUACCUGGCCUACCUCCAAAAUAAGAACCGUGCUGAGGGACGUCGCUCUUAUAAGGCCUACCUGGGCCACCUAGGGGACAUCUACAAGGCCUGCGCCGACUCAGAGGACCCAAACUGUGUGGCCUCGGCCACUAGCCGGCAAAAACCUGAAACCCCCAAGGCCCCUCCUAAGCCCGCCCCUGUCAAGGCCUGUGACCCCUACAGGGACCCAUAUUGUCUGUAUGCUGCCAAGAGCCAGCCCCCACCUUCCCCUGGCCCGGUCAAGGCCCCAGCCCCCAAUUAUGUGCGCGCCCCUGUGGCUGUGAAAGAACCUCAUUCUGGGUACUACUACUCCCCCGCUGUGCAGCCCUUCCUGUCCAAGGAGCAGAAGGCGGAGCUGCUGCGUAUCUGUUCAGCGGAGGACGUGGACUGUCUCCAGUACCACCUGAGAGCUGCUUUCGGCCACAAUCCCUCCGCUGGGCCCCUGCCCUCCUACGCCCACCUGGGCUGUGACCCGAAAGACCCCACCUGUAAACCCCAGCUGGUCCAAAAAGCUCCCUCCGGCCUCUUCCUCCGUUACCCCAACUGUGACCCCAGAGACCCUCGCUGCGUCUACGCUGCCUCACUACAGGCACCCCGUGCCCCUGCUCCCCCUGCCCCGUCAGGUCCUGGUUCCUGCAACCCUCUGUUUGAGGACGGUUGUAACCCUCUCACUGCAACCAAGUACGCCACGGCACCAGAGGAGUUCAAGGAAGAACACAAAGAUGAACCCGCCGCAAUGCGUGCUGCGCCCCCAGCUCCCGAGCAACGCAGCGACCCAUUCGCUAUGUACCGGGAUGCUAAUGCUAAUGGUAACCACCAAGGCAAUGCUCCAAGCUCUCAAGCUGGUGACCCAUAUGCCAUGUACCGCCAAGGCAGUGCUCUCAGCGCUCAAGCUAGUGACCCAUAUGCCAUGUACCGCCAAGGCAGUGCUCUCGGUGCUCAAGCUAGUGACCCAUAUGCCAUGUACCGCCAAGGCAGUGCUCUCGGUGCUCAAGCUAGUGACCCAUAUGCUAUGUACCGCCAAGGCAGUGCUCCCAGCGCUCAACCUAGUGACCCAUAUGCUAUGUACCGCCAAGGCAGCGCUCAAGCUAGUGACCCAUAUGCUAUGUACCGCCAAGGCAGUGCUCUCAGAGCUCAAGCUAGUGACCCAUAUGCCAUGUACCGCCAAGCCAGUUCUCCCAGCGCUCCAGCUAUUGACCCAUAUGCCAUGUACCGCCGAGCUAUCGCUACUGCUCAAGCUAACGACCCAUACACCAUGUACAGGCAGGCUAAUGCUAACGAUCCCUUAGAAAUGUACCGUGAAGCUGCAGCCUCCAUGCACAGACAUGUCCCCCCCUCCCCGCCACAACAGGCCCCCGCCCCCCCUCCCCGCUAUGAGGAGCCCACACAGGAGGAUCGCCACCCGCUGGGCCCCCGGGGAAGGACCAAGGAGGGCUAUGAAUGCUUCAUCGGCUACGACCAGGAGUGCUACCCAAUAGCCCGCGCAGAGCCGCGUUCUGGCGUCCACCGUAACACCGCCUACCCCGCCGAGCCCUACGAGCCGCAUCUCAAUGCCGAUGGAUCACGGAACGGAGUUCUGGAGCCUUCUGACCCCGACUGUGACCCGGAGUACGACACCAACUGCCGCCUGCGUCGCUAUGAACCCCGGGAGGAUCUGCUGCCAGACGCCAACGCCCAAGCUGUACACCAGGGGGAGCCACAGCACAGCCGGGACCAUAGCUACAACCAGGGGGAGCCACAGCACAGCCGGGACCAUAGCUACAACCAGGGGGAGCCAGAGAGAGAAAGCGAGGCAGAUUCAGAGCCAUACCAGAGUGGCCAGGAGGAGACCUACGGGGCUUACCCCCCUCCCUCGCAGGGGCUGUCAUACGGAUCCUACCCCUCAACCCAGCAGGGAAUGCCCAGCUUCCAGGACAUGCUGAGAGGAUACGGAGACCAGUACCCUGAACAGGAUAACCACAGAGCAUACGCUGCUGACUACCGCCAAAAAUAAAUACACACAUAUACACAUACACGCACACACACACACACACACACACACACACACACACACACACACACACACACACACACACACACACACACACACACACACACACACACACACACACACACACACACACACACACACACACACACACACACACACACACACACGUGUAUGUGACAAAUAAAAUGUGAUUUGAUUUAUUACAUACGUAGACACACACUGCAUAUGCCCUAAAGACUACAACAACAAAACUAACCAACACACCAGCCAAAAACCGGAGCAGAUGACAUGGAACACUAUAUUUAAUACAAAACAAUAAAAGACUGAAUGAAGUCUGACACACACACAUGCACAUGCACACACACACAUGCACACACACACUUGUCACGUAUGGACGAACACACACACACACACACACACACACACACACACACACACACACACACACACACACACACACACACACACACACACACACACACACACACACACACACACACACACACACACACACACACACACACACACACACACACAUAGUAAUGUGCUGUUAGCAGUAGAAGCAGGAGGAAUUUCUCUCCACUAGCGGUUUUAUCUGUCAGUUUGAUAGCUUUUAUUCAUUGAUUAAUUGA